AUGAAUCGAAUUGACAAAAAAUUCCAAGAACUCCGAGACCAAGGUGCCACGGCAUUUAUGCCCUACCUCUGCGCCGGAGACCCGAACCCCGAACUUACCUCUAAACUCCUCCUUACGCUGGAAGAAGCAGGUGCAGACCUCAUCGAACUCGGCGUUCCGUUUUCCGAUCCGAUUGCAGACGGACCCACCGUCCAACGCGCAAGUGAACGCGCACUCACACAUCACAUUUCGCUCCAAGAGAUCCUUGAGAUGGUCGCGACUGUCCGUACACAGACGGAUAUCCCCAUCGCGCUCAUGAGCUACUAUAACCCAAUUUUUCGGAUGGGCGAGGAUGCAUUUUGCCAGGUGGCACAAGACGCAGGGGUCGACGGUGUCAUCGUCCCGGAUCUGCCACCUGAGCAGGCACAAUCGCUCCUUGAGAUCGCACCGCGAUACAACCUCGCCACGAUCUUCCUCGUCGCACCGACAAGUCCACCGGAACGGAUGCAAUUAAUCGCAUCGGUCAGCACCGGUUUUAUCUAUUGUGUCUCAGUAACGGGUGUAACGGGGGCUCGGGCGAUGUUGUCGGACGAAAUCGCUCCGAUGAUCGCAGAACUGCGAAAACACACGGACAAACCGAUUAGCGUCGGUUUCGGUGUGUCAACACCGGAUCAGGCAACACAGAUCGCUCAGAUCGCUGAUGGCGUGAUUGUGGGGAGUGCUAUCAUUAAUGUCGUUGAGGAACAUAUAAAUGACGAAGCGAGAUUGUUCACUGCGGUGAAGCAAUUCGCGUCAGAUUUAACUGCGGGUGUGAAACGGUAG